AAUCAGUUUGUGAGCAGACGUCGUGGUCGUCACUAGGGGAUCGGUGUUAAUUAGUGGUACAAAUAGUUCAAUAAACAACUUCAAAAUAGGUAACUGUAAUCCAUAUAGAAAUAAUCGCAAAACUGACAACGACGACGACAUGUCGGAUGAAGCAGAUUUUGAACUUUUCUCUGGCAAAAAAUCCAAAGCGAAACAUGACAAAGCUGACGCUGCAAAGAACGCGGGGCAAACCCAUGACAUCAUCACACCAACAAAUCAAGUAAUUGUUUCACGUUCUACUGAGGAGGAGUACUACCCAAAUAAUAACCCAAAUGUGGGUAUUGCCGUUAUACUGAAUCACAAAUACGUCAAGGGUCAGAAAGAUCGUAUGGGUACGGAGAAGGAUCGUGAUACGAUCGCGCAAACAUUAAAGUUAUAUGGCUUCGAUGUGCGUGUAUUUAAUGAUCUCACAUUCGAGGAGGUGGACGGACAGCUAAGGGCAAUCGCCAAAGACGAUCACACCAACAAUGAUUGUUUUGUAUUGGUUGUUAUGUCACAUGGCGCCGAAGGGCGAGUAUUCGCCAGCGAUAUGAGUUAUCCGGUGGAGCGCCUCUGGCAACCAUUCUUGGGCGAAAAUUGCAAGAGCUUGAUUAAUAAGCCAAAAAUUUUCUUUGUGCAAGCGUGUCGCGGUGAGCGACUAGACAAACCUGUCGUCUUUAGUGAAUUCGCUGUGAUGACGCGACAAAUUGGAGGACCUAGCCUACCCGAAGAAAAACCGCCUGUGAUAACCUAUGCUAUACCAAAUACAGCCGAUCUAGUAGUAAUGUAUUCGACAUUUGAAAAGUAUUAUUCAUUUCGUAACGUCGAGAAUGGUUCUUGGUUCAUACAGAGCCUAUGUAAAGUCUUAACAGCGAGCGCCCAGAAGUCAAAUGCAAGCACUGAAGGUGUUGAUUUCCUACGCCUAUUGACCGCAGUCAAUCGCAAAGUGGCUUAUGAAUAUCAGUCAUUCGCCAAAGUUGAGGCAUUGAAUCAAUUAAAGGAGAUGCCAAACUUUCUAUCAACACUCACGAAAACCUUUUAUAUCAAAGUGAAGUGUCGCCACACCAAGUGAAUCAUUAAAAAAUAAAGCCGUUGCAGAGCAACUAACAGCACAUAAUUUUUGCGCGUAUCAGACAUAUACGCAUAUGCAUACAUAUACAUUUUAACAAUUUUAUGUAACAAAUGACAACAAAUAUAAUACAAGGUGGCGCAAAAUUAAUCACCCUAGCGGCGUCAUAUGUCAAACCUCUUUGACACGUGUGAACUAGACAGCUGCAGUAUACAAAUAAAGAUUUCCAUCAUGUUUUUUAUUUAGUAAAAAAAGUUAUUUAAAAAUAAAAUUGAAAAACAAAGUUGAUUAAUUUUGCACCACCCUAUACUAAUUGCAAACAAGAAAUCGUUUUUAUCAUACACCAAUAUA